AUGCCCUCGAAACAUCAAGCAAUCGAUGAAUCUAUGAUUAAGUUCAAGGGACGUAGCAGUUUACGUCAGUAUAUGCCAAUGAAGCCCAUAAAGCGCGGAUAUAAGGUGUGGAUUCGAGCCAAUGAGUCUGCAUACAUAUCCGAAUUUCAAAUCUACACCGGAAGAUCGUCGGAUUCUGUGGAGCUUAAUCUCGGUGCUCGUGUUGUCAAAGACCUGACUCAAAAAUUAAUAGGAAAAGGGCACCAUGUGUUUUUUGACAACUUUUUCAAUUCCGUCCAGCUUCAAAAAGAUUUGAAAAACCAAACCAUUUAUUCUUGCGGAACUGUACGAGCCAAUAGAAAAAAUCUGCCAACUGACCUUCUUAAUGAUAAGUGUUUGACAAAAGGAAAUUCCGACUGGCGGGUCAGCAGAGACGGAAUGGCGUUCGUAAAGUGGAAGGAUACGAAAGCUGUGCAUAUCUUAGGAAACUUUUUGGACCCUUCCAAAAAUACAACCACCAUGCGUAAGCAAAAAGAUGGUACUUCGUUAUCCAUCAAUUGCCCAGAAAUGAUAGCAGUAUACAACAAAAACAUGGGAUUCGUUGAUAAAGCCGAUAUGUUGAAGUCAUGCUAUGAUAUCGAUCGGAAAUCGAAAAAAUGUUGGCAUCGUAUUUUCUGGCAUUUCCUUGAUGUUUCUGUUGUGAACUCAUUUAUUAUUUUCAAAGAAAGUUCAGUUGAGAAUGAUAAGUUAUUGACAUUGAAAGAGUUCCGAAUCGCAGUAGCAAAUGGAUUUGUAGGAGCUCAUACACACAAAACCCGCAGAGCGGGCCGCUUAUCAGAAUGUUCAAAUACAAACCACUUCAAACUAAAUGUUCCUUUCGAGGUCUUGAUUGACGCAGAAAGCUCCAUGUUCGAUAAGGUCAAGUGCACAGCGGAAGUAAAGCUGAACGUCAUCAGUAUACAAGCGAUAGCUCCAAUUAACUAA